AUGGCGAGCUCACCACCAGCUUCGCCCGGCAUCAUGCCUCAGCGACCCAUGAGCGCCAUGGUCCGCCCAUCGCCGAGGAGCAAUAGUCGCAUGAGCAUGCAGAGUAGGACGGGCGGAGGAAGCAGGGCGUCGGACGAGGAUUCCAAAACCGCCGUCAAAGUCGCGGUUCGAGUCCGUCCACCCCUGCGGCCGACCGACCCGGGCUACGAGCUCAUACCACAGCGCUUCCAGCGGUCAAUGGUCCAGGUCCAGUCGCCGACUAGUCUUGCGAUCGAGUCGCCACAAGGACGCAAGCUGUUUGUUUUCGACAGAGUAUUCACUCCCGAGGUUGACCAAGCGGGGGUUUGGGAGUAUCUGGAAGAGUGCAUCAGCGCGUUUACCCAAGGAUACAAUGUCUCGCUUCUCGCCUACGGCCAGUCCGGCGCCGGCAAAUCGUAUACGAUGGGAACCUCGGGACCUGCCGAGCAAGACGACACGGAUGUCAUGGGUGUCAUCCCACGCGCCGCGACUGCCCUCUUCGAGCAUUUGGAGGGGCCCAAGAUCCGAAACCCCAACCGUAGUUCCAUGUCCCAGCUCCGUACACCUGCACGGUACUCGGCGCAACAGGCCGGCGCCGCCCAAGCGGAGAAGAACUGGACAUUGCGCGCCUCGUACGUCGAGAUCUACAACGAGCAGCUGAGGGAUCUCCUGGCUCCAGACAACGUUCCGCCGCACGAACGAGGCACCGUCACCAUCCGCGAGGACGUCAAGGGCAACAUCCUCCUCACCGGCUUGCACCAGAUCGAAGUCAACUCGGUUGAAGAUCUGAUGAACGUCUUGAACCAAGGCUCCACGCUCCGGCAAACCGACGCGACAGCCAUCAACGCCCGUUCGUCCCGCUCUCACGCUGUCUUUAGCUUGAAUCUCGUGCAGAAGAAAAGCAAACAGCAAGCGACCACGAAUACGGAAAGGCGAUUUUCGAUGCCGUUGGACGGUCUGAGUGGCGGCGGCGAGACGCUCGUGACUACCGACAGCAAGAUGCACUUUGUCGAUUUAGCCGGCAGCGAACGCCUCAAGAACACGGGCGCCCAAGGCGAGCGGGCCAAGGAAGGAAUCUCGAUCAACGGGGGGCUUGCCGCGCUCGGCAAGGUCAUUUCGCAGCUGUCAUCGCGGCAGGCCGGAGCCCACGUGUCGUACCGGGACUCCAAGCUCACCCGUCUGCUGCAGGACUCGCUGGGCGGGAAUGCGAUCACGUACAUGAUUGCCUGCGUGACGCCGGCCGAGUUCCACCUCAGCGAGACGCUAAAUACGGUGCAAUAUGCGCAGAGGGCCCGAGCGAUCCAGAGCAAGCCGCGGAUCCAACAGGUCGAGGAAGGCGACAAGCAAGCCAUAAUCGACCGGCUCAAGGCCGAGGUCGCAUUCCUGCGGGAGCAAAUCCGGAGUGCAGAACGGAGCGGGGGUGAGCGCCGGACCCUGGCCCCUGGCGAGAGGUCCGAGCGGCAGAACGAGCGGGAAGUUGAGUUGCAGAACCGCCUUCUCGACUCGGAGGAAAAUUACAAGGCCCUGGGCGAGCGCCAUGCAAAGCUCAUUGCCGAGAUGGCGAAGGCAAGGGAUGAGGAGGCCGCCGAAAAUCAACACCGCGACGAAAACGCAGAGGACAUCGCCACCGAGCGCCUGAACAGAUCAAAUAGCUUCGCGCAGGCUGUGGAACAGGUGGUCUUAGAAUAUGAGAAGACGAUUCAGUCAUUGGAGCAUUCUCUCGCCAGUACCCGGGCUACCCUGGCCAUCACUGAGGGGUCCUUGCUUGAAAAAGAGACCAAGUGCGCCUACACAGAAACCAUCAACGGCCAGCUCCAAUCACGGCUGCAAAAGCUCAUGGACCGCGAGACGAGCACCGAAAAUUACCUGCACGACCUGGAAGCGAAGCUGGAUGGUCAUACGUCGGGCGAGGAGAAGAAUGCAACCAUCAUAAUGGAGCUGCGCAAGGAGAUCACCCGCGUGCGCGAGAACGAGGCGACCUGCGAGGACUACAUUUCGACACUGGAGGAGCGUCUCGCCGAAGCCGAUCAAGAUGCCGAGUUGAUGCAGCGCGAAAUUGACCGGUUAGAGCAGGUGGUUGAGCGACAACGCAGCCUCGGAAAACUGGACUCCCUGUUGUACGAACUCGACAACAUUCAAGCGGAUGCACCGGUCCCCGAGGCCGAGACCGGAUUGACCAACGGCGCUGGCCACCGGCGCACGGCAAGCCGCAGCAUCGCCGAGCAUUCGCGCAGCCAGAGUCAUGUCAGCCGACAAAGCCAAAUGGAGGAGACUAUCCCUGAAAGUGGGGAGGAAGACAUCCCUGAGGAGGCCGACGAGCUGAAAGCGUCCGCGGAAAACACCACGGACGCCACAACCCCCAAGCCUUCGCGUUCUCGCCUGGCAACAGAAGAUCGCGCGGCCGAUUAUGCCGCCAGCCCGGCACAGUCCAAAUUCGUCGCCGAUAAGCUCGACACCGUUACCCAGGAGCUGCUCGGCCUACGCGUCGAACACGAGUCGACACUCAACGAGUACGAACUCCUCCAAGCCAAGUAUGAGGAAGCUCUUCGCGCGUUGGCCGAUAUGCAAGAUGCGGUCGAUGAGUCGCGGCACCCGCAACGUCCACGCGACUCGAUGCUUUCGGUCGCCUCGCCGCUCCAGACGAGGCCGCACUCCUUCCUGUCUGACGCCAGGACCAAUGAUACGAGAGAUGGCGCACAUCUCUCGUUGAAGUCGCUCUCGUCCGAGCUGUCUUCCGCCAUGGACUCUCCGGCCACAACCGUGGGAGCCCCCGAUGCCGAGACCACUGUGUCAAAGGCUGAGGAGCAUGGAGCUUCCCCCACUGAGCUGGCUAACUCCGACGUUAUGGUAGAGAUGGAGAGACUCAAGACCCUUGCCGCUGAGCGGGAGUUUGCCGAGAGGGAACUUGCCGAGCGGUACGCCCAGCUGGAGCAACAACACCAACAUACUCUCGACGUGGUGGAGGAACUCAAGACGGAGGUUGCAAAGGCCCAAGCUGCCACCACCGAAGCCCAAUCGCCGAAGGGUAACACUCCAGUGAUCCGCCGCAAGUCAAGCCAGAACGUCAUGAUUAUUGAUCGCGCUCACCGGUCGUUUGCAUCGCUACGGAACAUCGCUGCCGAGAAUUUCGAGAACCAGCCCGACGUCAUGCAGAACUUUGAGCUCAACCUCAACUCGGCCAUGCACGAACUCCACUCUCGAUCUGAGCGUAUUCAAGAACUCGAGGCCGAUGUUACAACCGCCAAGAAGGAGAUGGAGACGAAGAUGACCAUUAUCUCCGGGCUGACGCGUGAACGGUCAAGCUUGAAGGCCACUUCCCCUAUGGAUAUGGCCAUGGUGUCAACUCUCCGCGAGCAGCUAGAACAAAGCGAAAGGCGCAUCAGGGAGAUGCAAGCGGCGCAUUCCGCGCGGGAGAAGGAGCUGGAGGCGCAGUUGGCCGAGCUGCAAGAGUCGCUGAAGCAGGCUACCUUGGCAGCAGAGAAGGCCACGGCAUCCGCUCAGGCGGCCGCCGAGGCCCAAGAGUCUGUGAGACAAGCUCCGGUUACAUCGGAAGACUCCGCAACAGACAUCAAGGAAGCUGUCCAGCCCGAAGAUUCCGCAACGGAUAUCAAGGAAGCUGCCCGGUCUGAAGAUUCCGCAGCAGAGAGCAAGGAAGCUGUCGAGUCCGAAGAUUCUGCAACAAAUGGUAAGGAAGCCGCCGAGUUGCAAGAGUCGCUCAACCGAGUUACUCUUGCCGCAGAGGAGGCUGCUGAGUCGGCGAGAGUAGCUUCUGAGGAAUCAGCGGCUCAGAUCGAGCUACAGGAAAAGAAGAUCUCGGAGCUCGCAUCAGAACUCUCUAGCUGGGAGGACAGGCACAACACAGCGCUGCAAAGCAUGCGCGACGCGGAGGAGCAGAUGGCCAAGACCAUUGGGGAACUCGAGGCCCAGCUCGCCUCCGUUUCAGCACAGCUGGCCGAGGCUGAGCAGAAGGGUCCCGAGGAGGAGAAGGCGCUUAAGGAGGUCGAGGCCAAGCACAAGAGUUUGGUCGACUUCUUGAGAACCGAGAUUGAUGAGUACAAGGGCAUCAUCACCACCAACCAGUCCAAGGUUACCGAGGUCGAACAGCAACACACGGCGACCAAGAAGCUUCUCGAGAUGGCCACACAUGACCGUGACGAGGCUAAGAGCGAGCUCGAGACCCGCAAUGAGCUGAUCGCGAAGCUGGAGGCACAGAUUGCCGACCAUGAGCAGGCCCUCAAGGCGCACCAAGAGAACAUCGGCGAGUUGGAAUCGAAGCACGCCAGGGAUGUCGAGGAGAUGACGUCCUCUUCGAAGCAAGACGUGGAAUCUCAGCUAGCGGCACUCAAGUCCGAGCAUGCCGGUCGGAUUAGCCAACUCGAGGGUGACCUAACCGAGGCGCGCGAAGACCUCAUGAAGGUUGCUACGCAAGUCGCCUUCGCUCUCGGCCUAGAUGUCAGCGUCGAGAGGAUUUCGGAGCGCCUCGAGGAGCUUGUCUCGUACCAAAAGGCCCUGGCGAGCUUGGCCGAGGUUCUCGAGGCGGAAAGCGCCAAGCCACAAAACCACUUCCCGAUCGAGGAGCAGGUCGCCCUGGUCAAGAAGAAGGUGGUGGAUCUCGAGACCAAGAACAAGAAAAACUCGCGGCUUGUCGAGGAGCUCGAGGAUCAACUCCAGAGCAACUACGACCAGGCUCAGAUGGCGAGCAACCGCCUUUCGACACUACAGAUGGAACGAAACGUCCAGCUGGAGGAGGCCAACGCCGCCAAGAUCAAGCUGCAGUCAGAGCUGGAUGCCAUCCGGGAGGAAUACGCCUCUCUUCAGAGCAAGCUCGACAGCAUCCAUUCAAGCGGAAGCCCAGAGCGAUCCGACUCCCUCACAGGCGCCGUCCGCAAAAGCUCCUCGGUCGCCUCCCUCCCCUCUCCACCCCCCGCCAUCCCGCUGCCCCCUCUCCCCAACGGUACAUCGGGCUCCAACCCAGGUACAACCUCCCCCACCCCCCGCCCGCCCAGCAAAGACAUCGGCGGCACCUCAGCGGCCGCCGCCUCCGUCGGGAUCAUCCAAAUCCAAGAAGACCAAGAAGCACGCAUCCGGCUCAUCGAGAAACACCUCAAGGCCGAGAAGCAACUCACCGCCACCCUGGAGGAGGCGCUCACGGACCUGGAGCAGCAGCAGAACGCGAUCCGGGCCGAGUGCGACGCGUGGCGGCGGCGCGGCGACGAGCUCGAGGCCGAGCUCAAGGAGCUGCGCGAGAAGCCCGAGCAGGAGAACCGCUACAGCAUGCAGCAGGUCGAGGAAGAGCGGCGCAAGCGGAGGGAUGCCGAGAUUGCGCGCGCGCAUCUGGAGGAGCGCAUGAAUACCAUUGCGAAGAAGAAGAAGAAGGGGAGCCUGAACUGCUUUUAG